AUGUCGCAUUACGGAGGUCCCCCGCAAAACCAAUACAACGGCAGUGGCCAAUACUACGACCAACAAGGCCAAGGGUACUACCCCGCGCAACAAGGCCAUUCCCAGCCGCAACAAGGCUACUAUCCAGAGUCCCAGCCCGCUUAUGGCCAAUACCCGCCUCAGCAAUCUCACGGUCAGGGUCAUCCUCCCCCGUACGAUCAGCAGUACCAGCAGGGUCAGAAUCAGGGUCAGGGUCCAUACCAGGGUGGUCCGGGAUACGGCCAGCCUCAGCAGGACCGUGGUCACUCACCCUACCCGCCUCAGCAGCAGCAUUACCAACAGGGUGGUGAGAGUUCUUCCUACUAUGGUGGAGCGCCGCCUCAGCAGCAGGGACACCCUGGGGCGCCUGGAGCCGAGGGUGAAAGGGGACUCGGGUCUACGCUGAUGGGUGGUGCUGCUGGUGGGUUUAUGGGUCAUAAGUUGGGCCAUGGUGCGCUUGGGACCGCUGGUGGUGCUGUUCUUGGUGCUGUUGGAGCUAACCUUGUGAACAAUAAGCUGUAA